GAAUUGUCUGAUCCUUACGGGGAUAAUUGGAGUAUUUCAAGAGCCAUUCUUUGAACUUAAUUGAUGCGGUGCAAGUACGUAGGAGUUCAGCUUGACCUUUGGAACUUUUUUUGUGCCUUAAAGAUGUCAAACUGCUACCUACCGAGGCUUCAGCAGAAUAGUUCUAAAGUAUCAUGAAACGAGUCCUGGUAAUAAGUCUGCUUAGUGCAACCCUCGGUACUUUCUAUGGUGUAGUGAUGACUUUUUGUCAAUUGAACCCAGUGGAUGUGUGCUUUGGUCGAGGAAUACUGCAGACCGCUUUAUUCGGUUUCAAACAUUGUAUUUCAACUUCCCGUAGUGGCAAAGAUUACGAGCAACAUGAACAUUUGUUUUCUUGGAUCGCAUCACUCCUAUCAUUCUUGACCAGCUACCUCAUUGCCCUAACUUUUACAUGGCUACCUUUGGGUGAUGCGGCCAUUGUUGGAAAGUUGACCAUCGUAUUUACGGCCUUGUUUGCGAGAAUCUUGAGCAAUUGUUUCAUCCCUUUGAACAAAGUGUUCUGCUUUGUUUCCUUGAUGAUUGGACAAAUUUGUGUUCUUCAACCAUCUUUUCUGUUUGGAUGGCAUGAAGCAUUAGUGGUUGAAUGGAGGUUCUAUGUUGGAUCCAUCGCUGGCCUCUUUGCAUCUAUGGGACUGGCUUUGGUAUUCGUUUUGGUGGGGGUGAAACUUCCCAAUGUGCCCAAGGAACUUAUCCUGAUCAGGGCUGGCGGUCUCCAUCUUAUUACAUGGACAUUUAUAAGGGUGUUGCUUCCCGAAAUCACCGGCCCUUAUCCCCUGGAACGAGUGGGCUUGACCUUUUUGUCCAGCGGAUUGAUUGUGCUAUCAUUUUACGCGGAAAUCCUUGCCCUCGAGGGCUGUUCCCCCGUUUUGGUUUCUUUGUUGACUUCCUUAGACAUGGUGUUCUCCUUCAUAAUUCAAGUACUCUUGAGCCACCAGUCGGCGAAUUAUUUGAAUUGGUUGGGAGUAGGUAUGAUAUUGAUAUCGACGGCUGGAGCAAGUUACAUUGAUAAUGAACAAAAUAUUUCCAUAAACAACUAUCAAGGACUUAUCGCUAAAAAUGCGAAUUCAAAGUCAGAUGCCGUGGAACAACCUUGAGAUGGGUUACUUCGAUAUUAAGUUGCUUGCAAACAUUGUAGCUGUUCUCAAGGUAAAAUGAAAAUGAUUAAAGGCUGAUCUGAGAGACGCAUCCUAAAAUGUAUAACUUUCAUAGGACAUGACUAAAACGGCGACCAAAAAAAACUCUCUACUGAUUAAAACACAAGACUUUAUGUUUUAAACACAUGCCGAGGUCUUUUUUAAUGUGCAUUUAGCGCGUAAUGUGCU